GAGCUCGGUGGAGAACGGAGAGCUCCGUCUUCUCUGUCGACGCAGCUGGCAGUGGGUCUGUCUCCGGAAGGCGGACCGGCGAACGCCCAGUGCCCGCACUCGGCCGCCUGCUUCCCUGCCUGCCGCUCCUGUCUGCGCCCGUGACAUCCUUGCUCGGGACGCAGUGACCGUUUUUAAAUCACAAGGGCGUGGGUCAGCCUCCCCUAGGACUUCAUGUCUGUAUAUUUCCCCAUUCACUGCCCUGACUAUCUGAGAUCAGCCGAGAUGACUGAGGUGAUGAUGAACACCCCAUCCAUGGAGGAGAUUGGCCUCAACCCCCGGAAGGAUGGCCUUUCCUAUCAGAUCUUUCCUGACCCGUCAGACUUCGACCGCUGCUGCAAACUGAAGGACCGCCUGCCCUCCAUUGUGGUGGAACCCACAGAGGGGGAGGUGGAGAGUGGGGAGCUCCGGUGGCCCCCCGAGGAAUUCUUGGUCCAGGAGGAUGAGCAGGACAACUGUGAAGAGACGGCGAAAGAAAGCAAGGAGCAGUAGAGUCCCCGCCAGCUCCCAUGGGGUCAUGCCAGACAGCAUCUCUACCUGAACUGUUCUUUCCCAGUAUGAUGGAAGGAGAGAGGGAGCCACCACAAUUCUGAAAAUGUCCAACGAUGGCUUCCGUUUGCACUUGCAAAUCACUGAGUUGGUUUUCUUUUCUUUUCUUUUCUCUUUUUGAAAUGUGUCGGGCAGUGGAGCCCUCUGCGACAAUUUGCAAGGCCUUCUGAGAAAGGAAGCUGCUUCGAGCAGGGGUGGGGGGUGUGGGGAAGUGGGUGCAUCUGUGAGAUCAUUAUCUGAACUCGAGCAGGCUAGAGGUCGUGGUGGGAUUCCAGUGGGCUCUGGGGGGCGGGGGGAUGGGAGAUGUGCAAAGUGAGCAAAGAACAUUUGGGGUAAGAAAACAAUCAUGAGACAAAAGAGAAAACACACAUUUUAAAGAAGACUUUGAGCAGAGAAGUGCAGCCAGGAAGUACCCAGCGAGCAUUCUUUCUGGCUGCUGGGGCAUCAGAACACAAAGUCCUCAUCUCUCUCCAGUUUCGCCCACUGCUGCCUUUGCUUUUAUUCCAGGUGUGUUGGUCUGUAACAGGGAGGCAGGUAAAGGAGAGCCAGGGAAACUGGCUGCCUGCAAAGCCAGCUGGAGGUGAUGCACAGGGAAAGAAAAAGGUGUCCCUGUUCCUUCUCCGCCGACCCUGUGCUCCUGCUGUGGCAGGUUCAUAGACCUGCGGUAACCUAGAGGGUUUUAGGAGCCAUCGCUUUUGAGCUUCUCUCCCCUGGUGUAUCUUUUUUGCACCCCCCCCCCCCGCCCUUUGGGAGUAGUGAGAGCACUUCCCACCCUUGUUGGAGCCUGAAGUGGAUGCUUGGACAUGAAGGUCCCUCCCUAGCUUCUCCUCCCCAGACUGGCCCCAGUCUGAGUGGAGGCGUAGAGCAGGCGGGCUCUCCCAGGCUGCUCGCCCCUUCUCCUGCCACUGCCCUGCCCAGCCUCUGGCCACAGCAGUCAGGCAGGGGUGGUUCCCAGCAUGCUGUGCAUUCCAGCCGGCCUGACCACCAUUCCCCUGGGGGCGCUUGGCCCUUUUUUCUGGUGGGAGCUGAGGGGACAGCAGAGGAGACUUUUCCUGCUUUUUGUUGGGGAGGUGAGCCUAGUGCAGGUCCUGAGAGCUGGCAGAGCCUGGGAAUUUUGGAUGGGGGUGACCAAGGCUCUCAUGUAGCAGCCUACAGAUUGAGUUUGAAACUAAAGGGUGUCGUGAGAUCCCUGGCUUCUCCCCGUGUUGUUCCCGGAUGCAGGUGGGAGGGCGGUAUAGUGAGGGAGCACUGAACAGUGGUCCUCAUCCCUCCCCACCUCCCACCUGCCCCCUGCAAGGGCAGUUGCACGAGAAAGCUAGCCUUGGACUUAGAGCUUCUUAUCGUAGUUAAGAACCAUCUGGAGCAGCAGGUUGCAGGACAAGCUCUUCAAACUGUCUCCAUCUCAGAGCAGGACUGUGUGGCUAAGAGGUGGGCUCGAGAGCCUCCCUGAGGCCAAACUCAGUCGACUGAGGCACCCACCGCAUCCCCUCAGGUGUCCAGUCAGUCCAGGCUGACCCCGGUUUUGGAUUUGCGUGUAGAGCUGUAUGUAAUACCUCAAGGUUAGUGUGGCUCUGGGGAAUGUUGGGGCAGGAAGACAAAAGCCGAGGGUGUGCUGUUGCUGGCCAGCAGGAUUUGGUUCUGGGGAGCCGACGCUUACCCCAGCACCCUGCUCCCUCCCUCUGUGUUGUCUGCUUGUGUUACACACUGAUGGCAAUAACUUGUUCCAGCUCCUUGCGGAAGAGGGAGAGGCCUUGUACUGCGGGGUCUCUCUCGUCUCCCUUUCCUUCCGUCUUGGCUGCAGUCUCCUCACUCUGUUCCCCCGCAGCAGCAUUCUCAGCCUGCCGCCCUUUGUGGAUGGGGUCUUGCCUUUUAAAAUCCCGUGUUUCCGUGUCUCCCUCUCAUCUGCUCCUCCCUAUCAUCGGUCCUGGUCUUGCCAUGUGAUGGGAACGUGCUUGUAAACUGCAUAACAAAUCUACUUUGUGUAUAUGUGUGUUUAUGGAGGUGGUUUAUUAUUUUUGCUGGUCACUAGACCCCUUUGUAUGACCAUUUGGAGUCUGAGCAGGCCAGAGGCUGACAGCUGAAGUCAGGACCCACAGCGGUGAGUCUGUUGGGGGGACCCAGCCACUCUUGGAUAAGUGGCUGCUGAGCUCCUGUCUGGCCUCCUCUUUUUUUUUUUUUAAGUACCGUGUGUAUUUCUAACUGAUCGUAUUGAAAAAAAAAAACCCUAGUAUUUCAGUAAAAAUGCCUGUUGUAAGAUGAACCUCCUGUAACUUCUAUCUGUUCUUUUUUGAGGCUCAGGGAGAAACUAGCAUUUUUUUUUUUUCCAAACUACUUUUUGUCACUGUGACAGUUGUAAAUAAAGUUUGAAAAUGCUUUCCA